ACUAAAAAUGAAUCAGGGACCACAAAAUUUCUUAAUUGCCAUCUUGGCUGAUUGUCCAAAUGGACGAUCAGGAUUUGAUCAAGCGUGCAGUACCCUGUGUGCUCCCCACCAACCUAGCUUGAAACGUUGACCCCAAGUAGUAAUUUUUUUAACCAACUCAUUAAAAUUGCUGCAGUCCUGGAUGUCUCAGACAUUGAUGCUUUUCUUUACAUAAAUGGGACUCUGCCACUGGAUUUUCCUACCCUUAAUAAGAAUAAAACUAUCAGAGGUAAAAAGGCACUGCAGUCUAGGCAAAGCUAAGAUUUCUUCUGAUAUUUAGGUCUCUGGGACCCAAACGAGAGAGCUGUUAUCCAGGGCUAAUGCACCACCUCAAAGAGUACUAUAUUAGUAGAUUGAUUCGAAGGGUGGAGACAGAAGUUAGCUUGUGCGGAGACGCAAGUCUUCAAGAGGUCAAUGGGCUACGAGGGGGGAGAGAGAGAGAGAGAAACAGAUUAAUCAAAAGGCUUCCAAGCUGAGUUGUCAAAAUAAAAAAUGAGGAGUGAAAUUACUGGCGCUUUUAGCCAUAUGACAAGAAACCAGAAUCACUUGCUUGUGAAGCAAUAUCUCCAUGGCAAUGCAAGAUAAGAAGUAGAGAAAAACCCAAGAAAUAUUAGAGGUUUUGGCUUGCUACUUGACGUUGGGAAAUGGGAUUUCCGGUUGCCAGGCUUUUCCCACUGCCUUAUAUUCCAACAGUCAUGCAUGGCCUCUUGAAGUGUGCAAGUGCUUAAUUUUCUUUAGCUCCCUUGAUCUCUCACACUGCCAUCAUAAUUAGUCAAUCAACAUCACCAUUUGAGGUUUUGAAGAAAUGCCGGGAAGAUUGUUUUGUUUUCUGUUAGCUCUUCAAAUAGUAAGCCGGACUUCUGCAGCAAGCAGGCCCUUAGCACCAAAUGAUGGUUUUGGUGUUCAUCAGCCAGUCACAGGCCAGAGACCACAGUCUUUGCAAGAUUCCUCGGGCCCAAGUUCGAGCUCAAAAGAAGUGUCUAUGCAGAGUUUUGAAAGCCAGGGAGGAACGGCUGCCACAGAUGAAGAAGCAAAUGGGGAAGGGGAGAGCAAACAGGGUAUAGGAUCAAGUCCUCCAAGCUGUGAACACAAAUGCUAUGGCUGCAUCCCAUGUGAAGCCAUUCAAGUGCCUACUACUAGCAAGCUCAGCCACGUGGGUCUGCAGUAUGCAAAUUAUGAGCCUGAGAGUUGGAAAUGCAAGUGUGGUCCUUCCAUUUACAGCCCUUGAACUAUAAACCUCGGAGGCCUUGAUAUAAGCUGCUCAAUGCCCAGUGUUCACAACAUUCUCCAAAGAGUUUGAUUAGAAUCAAAAUCCCUUAGCCAUCCCUUUGUACAAAAACUAAAUUCAACUUGUUUUUAAAGUAGUCUUUUGUUGCAAUGCCCAAG